CAGAAAUGCAUACAAGAUUAAGCAAAUUGAAUAGUUUACAAAGACUCUGUUUACACAGACGUUAUUCGACAGGGAAACAGUCAAUUUAUGACAUUUUUAAUCAAACACGUAAAAAUGGAAGGUUUUCAGUGUCAACAGAGGGUUGGAUAAAAUCAUUUAGAAAACAGAAGAAGUUUACGUUCUUUCAUUUGAAUGAUGGUACUUGCGUCAAAAGUCUACAAGUUGUUGCAGAUUCUCAGCUGUGUGACAGUUGCUUAUCAGCUGGCUGUAGUGUACGUGUGGAAGGAGAUUUGGUCAGAAGUCUAGGUCCAGAUCAAGCAGUAGAAGUGCAAGCUACAAACAUACAGUUAAUUGGAGAAUGUGAUAAUAAGGAAAAUCCACUCAAACCAAAAAGCCCUUAUAGUUUGGAUUUUACAAGACAAUAUCUGCAUUUGCGACCUAGGACAGAGCAUCAUGGUCAGCUACUCAGGUUGAGAAAUACUGCCUCCAUGGCCAUUCAUAAAUACUUCCAGGAUCAAGGAUAUAUCUUCAUCCAUACACCAAUACUUUCUUCCAAUGACUGUGAAGGAGCUGGGGAAACUUUCAGUAUUGAGACAGAUGUAUCAGUAUCGACAGAAGUAUCUUCUGGGCAAGAUGAACAGUCAGAUCAUGAUGGUAAAUUAUUCUUUGGACACCCCACAUACCUUACAGUGUCUGGUCAGCUUCAUUUAGAGACUAUAACUGGUGCAUUUCGAAAGGCUUAUAAUUUUGGACCUACGUUUCGAGCUGAAAAUUCAGUAGGCAGACAUCAUUUAGCUGAAUUUUACAUGAUAGAAGCAGAAAUAGCAUUCACAGAAAACCUAGCAGAUAUAUUGAGGGAGAUGGAAUCUCUAGUAAAGACUACUUGUUGUGAUGUGUUGGAGAAAAAUGCAGAAAUGGUAGACUACUUUUGGAAAUCUUCCACUAAUCCUGAACAAAGCAUAAUAGCUAAGAGCCUUAUUGACAGACACUAUGUAAGGAUGACCUACACAGAAGCUAUCAAAGUUUUGGAAAGAAACAAUGACAAAUUUGUUUAUAAACUGAAGUGGGGCUGUGAUCUGCACAAAGAGCAUGAAAAAUAUCUGGUGAAAUAUUGUAACAACAUUCCAGUGUUUGUAACAGACUUCCCAACAAGUUUAAAACCAUUUUAUGCUAGAAGAAAUAAAGAUGAAGAGACGGUGGCUGCAGUAGAUUUACUGGUACCAGAAGUAGGUGAACUAAUUGGAGGAAGUCUGAGAGAGGAAAGAUAUGAUGUAAUCAAAUCAAGAUUGGAUGAAUUAGGGAUGACAGCAUCUUAUCAGUGGUACCUUGAUUUACGAAGAUAUGGAAGUGUAACACAUGGUGGAUUUGGAAUGGGCUUUGAGAGACUUCUCCAGUGCUUCCUAGGAAUAUCAAAUAUAAAAGAUACUAUACCAUUCCCCCGCUGGCCACACCAUUGUUCAUUGUGAUAUUCUUCCACAAUUGCAUAGUUUUUCCAAAUUCAAUAAAUUACCAGUAAGACUGUAA